CUGCUUUUUAGUUCUGAAAUGAGUGAUAAUGCCAACAAAGAAAAUGUGAAGAUGACAAGUCGUGCUCCCCUGACAACCAUUACCAACCGAUCAAAUGUUUCCAAACGUGGGUUAAUGAUGAAAGAAAGCAUAAAGUCAGCACCACCAAAAAUAAGAACAAGUAAAAGUACUCAGACCGAAAUACACUACUCAGAAGUAAGCUGUGGUACAUCGGAUAAUGCUGCUGAGGAAAUGAUUUCUGCCUUGACUGGUGGACCGUUAAAUGAGACUUAUUUUGAAGGCUUAGCUGAACAGCGCAGAGAGGCUUUGGAAAUUACCAUAGACGAAAAUGAAGAGCUAUAUCAAAAGAUUGAAGAGCUGAAUAUAUCACUGACAGAAACUACCAAACGUGCUGAAGAGGCCGAACGUCAACUCAUUGUCCUAAAAUCAAAAGCUUCGUUUUCGGAAAAAUUGGACAUAUCACUCGAAGAGGAAGAGGAAAUAAAAUCUUUACUGACAUCAGAGCCAGAAGAGUUAGGCUCACAACAAGCUGCUCUCUGACUCAGCCUGUUUAUAAUACAAGAAGUGUAACAACACAGCUACUCAAUCUAUGAUCUCACAUGAACUGUGUCCACCAGUUUGUUUAAAGAUGUUGUCCAAGUUUCCUUGAUAUUGGAGGCUUGAUCUAUCAGGCAUUCGACAUUUUAUUCCUUGAAAUCAGAUUAUUUAUAUAUUUGUAAUAAUUUCAUAUUUUAAUGGUUUUUGACAUUUUUAGGGUUCGACAAACAGAGCAAUAUUUUAAUUUUAAGGAGUAACGUUACAGAAUAUACAUUUGCAAGUGUGCCACACCUGCGGUUAAGUUAGAAUUUUAAUUUCAUCGAAUUAGACUUGAAUGUAAUGGAGCAGUAUCUGUAUUGUGGAUACUAGUAGACUAAGUGAAGAAGAUGAUAUAUUGAUAGUUAAUUAUUUAAACAGACAAGACACAAAUUGAGAGCCAGUAUCGUCUAUGUUUUGUAACUCUGUAAUUGUGUCUCAGAUAUCAGGUGCCAACUAAAGCUAAAACACGUGCCCUUUGUCAGCAAUAAACCCGAGUGUUAAUGUUAUAGCUCACAUAUCUGUGGGCUAGUUGUAAAUUUCACUAUAUUGCCAAAUUUGUUUAUUCAAUAAAUAACAUCUAUAGUUUUUAAUCAUGUAAGGGAUGUAACACAUCGUUUAACUCAUUGUCUCUUCAAUUGAAUCAAUCAGCUGGCCAAUUAAAUCAUGUUAACAUCAGUUAUCGUUACUCCAAUUUCAUUGAAGCUGAUGUUGUCAAAUCAUUUAUCUAUUAUAAUGUUUAACGCUGCUAUGUUCGAAAGUUAUAAAUGUCAAGGUAACCAAGCUAGUAACCAAGGUAACCAAGCACCUUUUUAGAUCUGAUGAGUGAUGAAGAAGUAGACGAAUUUGGUCGAACUCGAGUGAAAAACCGAGAAAAGAAGAAAAGUCACAGCCCGUCCCCGCCUGCCCGAUAUAAAAAGUCCAGAAGGUCACCAAGACGGUCUAGAAGUCCCCGAAAAAGAAGUCGGAGUCCCAGGAGGUCUCCUCGAAGGGAGAGAACUAGAAGUCCACGAAGAGCUGGCCGAGAAACACGUGAUCGUAGUCCGGUAAUCCCGGAAAAGGGCAGAGAAAGAGAAAGAGAGAAACCCAGGAAGAAGGAAGAACCAGGCCCAACAUUCGACUCAGCAGUUGAUAGUUAUGUUAAUACCCUGAAGAAGUUGACCAGGAUACCUCGGGUGGUACCGAAUCCAGAAGAAGAUGACGAUGACCCUGUAUUAGCUGCAGCUCUGGAAGACGAUACUAAUCUAGAAGACGAACAGAUGGCUAAACUCAUGGGCUUCAGCAAUUUCGAUACUUCCAAGAAUAAACACGUAGAUGGAUCCUGCAACGCAUCAGGGACACACAAAGUACCGAAACGAAAGUACAGACAAUAUAUGAACCGUCGGGGCGGGUUCAACAGACCACUAGAUCCUAUUUUAUAGCAUUUUAUAGCACUUGAGUUCUUAUAGACUCGGUGUCAUAUUUGUUAUGUUGACGAUAUUUUUACUGUAAACUGAAAGUACUGUGUUGUGGAUUAAUGAUCGCAUUGGUGAUCUUGCAAUUUGUUUCCUGGAAUAUACUGAGACAACUUUUAUCGGAGAUCUGUCACUGUACACGUCACAUAACAUAACUUGACUUAUGUAAUAUUUCUUAAAUACCAAAUUAUAUUCUUACUGUGGUGACGUUAAAGAACAGUCUACCAAAUUUACCAAUAUCAGAUUUAACAGUUUAAACAGUUUACAGACGCAAGUAUAAAACAUUCAAGAC